AUGCAGCUGCACUAUUUACAUCCUGAGUGAAAGGUAGCUACCAGUCCAGUGCAAUUUAUGAGAUAUUCUUUUAUUUAGCGUUUAUUAAGAUAGAAAUAAAUCUUAUUUUGGUGCAAAUAUGUCGUCUAUCGGGCCGGCGUUACCUCCACAUCUGAGGAAAGAUAGGGACGAGGAAGACUCCGAUUCGGAUGAUGAACUCGUUGGUCCUGCGUUGCCCCCCGGGUACAAACGAGGCGAUCCGACUUCUUCAGACGAAAGUGAAGACGAAGUGUCGGUAAAAAGGGCCAAAACAAGCCACUCCACUGAAGAACAGCAGGGGAACUCAAAGACUGAAGAUUAUGAUGAUGAUGAUGGGUUCUUUGGACCAGCCCUUCCACCAGGAUUCAAGAAACAGCAGAGCUCUCCUGAAAUGACGCCUGUAAUAGGACCAGCCUUGCCACCUGGCUUUCGCAGACCGUCCGAUGAUGAUGGUGAGGUUGAUGAAGAUGGAGCAAGUUUUCCAGGACCAGCUUUGCCCCCUGGAUACCAGCACCAGGCAUCCAGCAGUGAGGAUGAGGAUGCAAUCGGACCCAUGCCAUCCAAAGGGCCCAUCCAAGACUCCGUGGCUCUGGACAUUGAACGGAGGGCACAAAGAAUGAAAGAUAAGCUGUCAGGGAAUGAGGGUCCAGUUGUGCCCACACGAGAAUCAUGGAUGACGGAACUCCCACCAGAACUACAACAUAUCGGCCUUGGUGCUCGGACGUUCAAAAAAAGAUCUGGUCCAGAGAAAAGUGACCGCUCAAUUUGGACAGAUACGCCUGCAGACAGGGAGCGGAAAGCCAGGGAGCGCCUCGAAGGGAAAAACAAAGAAGAAAAGGAUAAAGAUAGUGCCCCACAACUUCCCAGAAAAGACAUUGAGAUGGCAGAGAAAGUAUCCAAAUACAAUGAGUCGAAACGUGCUGAGUCUCUUAUGAGUUUACACUCAAAGAAGAUGAAGGAGAAGGCAAAAGAAAAGGCAGAUCAGCCAGUGGAGAGAAGGCCAUUUGAUCGAGAUGCAGACCUUCAAGUAAACCGCUUUGAUGAAGCUCAGAAGCAAAGAUUGCUUAAAAAAUCUCAAGAACUUAACACACGCUUCUCCCACAGCAGAGACCGAAUGUUUCUGUGAGAAUUCAUUUAUGUUCAGAAAUCAAAUGAUAAUGACUUUCUUUGGUAGAAGACUGUCUUUAUAAUAACAUAAAACCCCUAAAGAUUUAGCGUAGCUGUUUCUUGUGCAUUUUAAUAUAUAAACAAGUUGUUUUUUUCUAUUCCUUGAGCGCAAACAAAAGAAAUGGCAAAUUUUGUGGUUUAAAAGUGCAACACAAAGGAUCACAUUGGGAUAUUAAAUGCUGACCAGGACCUUAGGUAAUACUGGAUAAAAAGAUGUCUGUUUUUUUAGGUAUCUAGUUUAUGUGAAUAAUCUCACAUGAAAUCACUUUUUAUCUUCCAUCCUUCAACAUAAUUUGAUAUGAAAAAUAAAUAAAAUUUUAAAUGUU